AUGCUGCAAUCGAACGGAACUUAUAUCCAUAAGCAGACUCACGAUGAUCACUCCGUGGCUAUCACGGGUUUAUCGUGUAGAUUCCCCGGUGAUGGAGACAACCUUGACAACUUCUGGACCUUGAUUUGUGCCGGAAAAUCUGCGUGGUCCAAAAUCCCCAAAGACCGUUUUAAUGUGGAAGCAUUUUGGUCGCCAAAGAAAAACCGCAACACCAGUAUCACUAGGGGUGCCCAUUUCAUGAAGCAAGAUGUGGCAGUAUUUGACGCCAACUUCUUCAGCAUUUCAAAGACCGAGGCGGAGGCAAUGGAUCCUCAGCAUCGGAUUAUGAUCGAGGUUGUCUACGAAGCUCUGGAGAAAGCUGGCCUUCCGCUGGAUAAGAUUGCUGGCACUCAGACAGGUGUUUUCAUGGGUCAUUUCACUAGCGACUAUAAAGAAAUGAUAUACAGAGAUCCAGAUAAUGCACCAUCCUAUGCAGCGACAGGAGCUUCAAAGACCUCACUUGCGAACCGUAUUUCCUGGUUAUUUGACCUCAGAGGACCGAGCUUCACCUUAGACACUGCAUGCUCAUCCAGUCUUGUUGCAUUGCACCUAGCAUGCCAGAGUCUUCGAACAGGAGAGUCUUCGAUGGCGAUAGUCGGCGGUAGUAGCCUUCUCCUGAAUCCGGAAAUGUUCAUGUAUCUUUCGAACCAACAGUUCCUCUCUCCUGAUGGGAAAUGCAAAAGCUUCGACGAAUCCGCCAAUGGGUAUGGCCGUGGGGAGGGAUUUGCCUGUGUCAUCUUGAAACGAGUCGAUGAUGCUAUUAUAGUGGGCGAUCCCAUCAGGGCAAUCAUUCGUGGGACUGGUUCGAACCAGGAUGGACAUACGAAAGGUUUCACUUUACCAAGUGCCGAUGCGCAGGCAGCGUUGAUUGAAGAAACCUACAGAUUCGCUGGUAUAGACUACCGGGACACGAACUACGUGGAAGCUCAUCGCCAUAAUAUUAACAUCAAGCAAACAAAGAUUGGCCACUUAGAAGCCGCAGCUGGCAUAGCCGGUAUCAUCAAGGCGGUCCUCAUCCUUGAGAACGGCCUGAUACCACCGACUAUCCACUUGAACAAACUCAACCCCAAGAUUCCAUUCGACAAAUGGAAUGUAGAGGUUCCUACAAAAAUCACUCCUUGGCCUACAGAUGGCGUGCGUCGAAUUAGCACCAACUCUUUUGGGUACGGCGGAACAAACGCGCAUGCAGUCCUUGAAGAUGCCUACCAUUAUUUGAAAAGCAGGGGAAUCCAAGGAACCCACUUUACCAAAAUAGGGCUCACAAAUGGUAGUACUGAAUUUGGGUUCGAGGAGCCGAAAACCAAUGGGGUUAACUAUCCCAAUGGCCCUCGCCUACUUGUUCUAACCGCACAAGAUAAACAGGGGUUGACCCGUGUGAAAGGGCAGCUUGUGGAAUAUAUCGAUACCAAGCUGGCUUAUCUAGAGGAUGAUACACACAAAAGAGACCUGUUACUUGAAAAAUUGGCAUACAGCAUAAAUGAGAAACGAUCACGGCUUCAAUGGAAAACAUUUGCAAUCGCAUCAUCUCUGGAAGAAUUGGCCGAAAGGUUGAAAGAUGAGGAGACUCCCAUGACCGUGACACAGUCAUCUCGAGUUCCUAGAAUCGGCUUCGUAUUCACCGGUCAGGGAGCGCAGUGGCCCAGAAUGGGAGUUGAACUUAUGAAUUACAACACCUUUGAAGAAAGUGUCAAGGCUGCUGAUCGGUACCUCCGUGAAGAAUGCGAUUGUUCUUGGUCAGCAAUUGAAGAGUUAGAAAAGGGAAAGUUGACAUCUCAACUUCACUUGGCGGUCUAUAGCCAAACGCUCUGCACUGUUCUCCAGGUAGCAUUGGUUGACCUGCUAAAAACUUGGAAUAUAUCUCCCGUCGCCGUUGCCGGCCAUUCGAGUGGUGAAAUUGCGGCUGCUUAUUGCCGAGGAGCUCUUUCCCGGAAAGAUGCUUGGAAAGUGGCCUAUUACCGUGGUAUUCUCUCUUCCGACAUGAAAAUUACUGACCCUGAUCUUGAUGGUUCCAUGAUGGCGGUAGGAGCUUCGCCCGAAGUGGCUCAGAAGUGGAUAUCCCAAGUCACUAAGGGAGAUGUCGUUGUUGCCUGUAUAAAUUCUCCCUCAAGUGUUACAUUAUCCGGUGAUACUUCUGCCAUAGAUGAAGUCUUUGAGAUGAUUCAACAAGACGGGGUAUUUGCCAGAAAACUGCAUGUUGACACAGCGUAUCAUUCGCCGCAUAUGCAAGUCGUCGCGCAAGACUAUUAUGAAGCUCUAUCUGACCUCAUGCCACUGGACGGCCGAGCUGGAUGCACGAUGCAUUCAAGUGUCACGGGUUCAGUGAUUGAACCACGAGAUCUUGGUGCUGUCAACUGGGUCAAGAAUUUGACUUCAACUGUCAGGUUCUCUGACGCCAUUUACGAUAUGAUACGCCCCGCGAAUAGCAAAGGGCAACACUCGGAGGAUAAUAUGGUCGAAAUAUUGAUCGAAGUAGGCCCCCACUCUGCGUUGCAAGGACCAGCUACACAGAGCUUGAAAGCACACGACAUCUCGAACGUCCCGUAUCUCUCGGUGCUCAAGAGAAAUACAGACGGUAUAGACUCAGCCCUGGAGCUGGCGGGCUCACUUUCUACCAUGGGUGUUCAGGUAGACAUCAACGCCAUCAACAAUAAUAGCGGAAUCAUAAGCUCGGAACUGAGUCCCAAAAUAUUGAUUGAUCUUCCAUCUUAUCCAUGGAAACACUCCCAGAGACAUUGGCAUGAGUCUCGUCUCGGGAUUGAGUAUCGGCAAAGAGAUCAGCCACGACUGAGUCUGCUGGGAGCACCUACCGCGCCUAAUAGUGAAGGUGAAAAGGUGUGGAGAGGAUCAAUUAAUGUGGAAGAAGAGCCGUGGAUCGCUGAUCACAAAAUUCAAGGGCUGAUAUUAUAUCCUGCAGCAGGAUUCCUAGCCAUGGCUAUAGAGGCGGCUGCUCAAAUGUCCACGACAUCUCAGAAGCUCAUAUCUACUUAUCGAUUGAGAGAUGUGCAACUUACUUCUGCCGCGGUUAUCACCGAGGGCGAUACCUUAGAAUGUGUCAUACAGCUUCGACCACAUGUCGUUGGUACAAAGGAUUCAUCGUCAACGUGGACAGAGUUUGUUAUUGCUUCUUCGAGUGAUGGUAAAAGCCUCGUGAAUAACUGCUCAGGUCUUCUAUUGGUAGAGUUUGACGAAGACGAAGGUCCAGACAUGAAACGUGAGAAGGAUUUUACAGACAAAGAACAUCAGAGACGACUUCUUGAGGCUAGUCUUCGAUGUAAAAAUCCUAUUUCGACGAUUGACUUCUAUGCCGACUUGACGAAGAUAGGUCUGGAGUAUGGCCCCGCAUUUACUAAUCUCACAACUAUCCGCAAUGCACAGAAUGAAAGCGCAUAUGCCGUAAAGAUUCCUGACAUCGAAACUCGAAUUAUUCGCGGGGGGAAUCGACCCCAUAUCAUACAUCCAGCGACAUUGGAUGCAAUUUUCCAUGCAGCGUUUGCGGCGGUCCAGGGAAGCAAUACGAUCACACUAUCUACAGCAAUGGUUCCUCGAUCAAUCGAGGAAAUUGUCAUCGCGUCAAAUAUACCGUACGAUCCAGGAGUUACUUUGAACGGGUUCUCUAAUGCAGCAAGACACGGAUUCAACGAUCUCACCUCCAACAUCUUUGUCUUCGAUGAGCAGGAGACCGCGCCUAUUGUCCAAAUCAAGGGAUUCCAAUGUGCGAAAAUUCCUAGCGCAAGCUCUACGAAUUCUACUGAGAAGCAGGCUAAACCCAUUGUAAGUAGUCUUGUUUGGAAACCAGCUAUUGAUCUUCUGUUACCCGAAGAGCAGAAAAUCGCAAUAGGGAAUGGAAGAAAGUUCAAUCUUGACGACAGCAGCAAUCAGACUUUCAAUGAACAGGAAUCAUCAGCACUCACGGCUAUCAGGCGUCUAGUCGGAGAAAUCUCUAAAGACGAUAUUUCGCCAGAGCUCAUCCCAUUCUAUGACCGACUAAAAGCAGAGAGCAACAGGGCUACACUACACUGUGACACCCUGGAUGUCUCACAGGUGGAUACCAUUUAUCAGAUUUUGAAGAGAGUUAUACUAGGUCAAGGAGACACUCAGGAAAUUACACGUGACAAAUAUCUUCUGAAUUCCUUACUUUGGGAAGGACAAGCGAUGAAGUCUGCAAUGACUAAACUGGCCGAGUAUGUAAAGCUACUUCAUCAUACAAACCCUGGGUUGUCGAUUCUGGAGAUUGGUAUGGGGCCGGAUAAAUCAAGCCCUAUCAUUCUUGGACCAGGACUUGAUGGGAUAGAAACGGUUCUCAAGACGGGAAAUUACACUAUCUCAUGUAUGGAUGAGAUGGCAAAAAUGAACCUUGAAGAAUUCCUUUCUGCACAGCAAGAGGGUUUCGGUGCAAAAUUACUGGAUGUCAACCAGGAUAUUUCCGAGCAGAAGCUCAAGGACCAAGCUUUCGAUUUAGUCAUCGCUUUUAACCUCGGCACCCACGCCAACAAUCUGGAUGCUGCCGUGCAUAAAUUUAGCAAGGUUUUGAAGAAGGGUGGUAGAGUGUGUCUCGUGGAGGCAAUACACCCUGGGAGCUUUUUGACUGUGUUUGGGCAUGCGACAUCAUCGCACAGAGUACAUGAAUUGAAACAUUUGAUGAUCGAAAACGGGCUAAUUCCAGAAUUUACGGUUCACGAUUCUGAAGAAAUUGAGUUCAGAGAGCUUGAUCUUACCGUGUACACCACAAAUCAGGUCGAACAAAAUCAGACACAAGGUGGGGAAAUCAUGCUCAUAGAGGCCCCAGAACGAGCUACCUUUGCUCAGCGUACGUCCGACUCCAUAGCAAUGAGCCUCGAACAGGCUGGUUAUAAGACCAAUCGAUUCGUCUGGGGCUCUGAUGUCACAGCUAUCAAGGGCAAACCAUGCAUUGCCCUAGUGGAAAUUGAGAACUCCAUUAUUCAGGACCUCGAAGAAACAGACUUUGAAUUUCUCAAGGACUUUGUAUUCGCAGCCCAAAGUAUUUUUUGGGUAGUUGGGUUUAGUAAUAGCCCAAGUGCAAAUAUGAUUGACGGUCUGGCCAGAGUAGUUCGCAAUGAAAUGCCUGGUCUAUCAUUCCGUACAAUCCAUGCUGCGGACCGUUCUCUUUCUUCCGGAAGACUUGGGCAACUAAUCAGUCGUGCGUUUCUCUCGACAUCUCCCGACACAGAAUUUGAAAUUAAAAAAGGCCUGUUAAAUGUCAGUAGGGUCCAUGAGGAAGAGGGUCUCAACAACGAAAUCCAUCAACUAGUUUGUGGAACUGGUGACGAAAUCGUCAAAGCACCUCUUGGUCAGGCGUCUUACCCUCUCAAGUUAUGCAUCUCUAACCCUGGAAUCCUUGACUCUCUCUGCUUUGAGCCGGAUGACUUACCGGAGACUGAUCUGGAAGCGGGAAAGAUAGAGAUAGAAGUCAAAGCCACCGCUCUCAACUUCCGUGAGGUGAUGGUUGCCAUGGGACAGAUUGCAGACUCACUUCUCGGGUUUGACGCAGCCGGUAUCGUUCGUCGAAUCGGCUCUGCUGUUACAAAGUUCAAAGUGGGCGACAGGGUUGCUAUGUAUGGUCAUGGUGGCCACAGAACGAUUCAUCGAAGUAGAGCAGACUUUUGCCAGCUUAUCCCUGAGGACCUUACAUUUGAGCAAGCAGCUAGCAUCCCGGUUGUUCACGGUACAGCUUGGUACGGCCUCAUACGUCUUGCUCGAGUUCAAAAGGGGCAAUCAAUUCUCAUACAUGCCGCGGCAGGUGGAGUAGGACAAGCCGCCCUACAAAUAGCAAAACAUUUCGAGAUGGAAAUAUUUGCCACUGCUUCAUCUGCUGCAAAACGAAAGCUGCUCAGAGAGGAAUAUGACAUCCCUGAUGACCAUAUCUUCAAUUCUCGAGACCUGAGCUUUGUGCAGGGCGUCAAGCGGAUGACGAAUGGCAGAGGAGUUGACGUCGUUCUCAAUUCUCUUUCUGGCGAGGCGUUAAGACAGACAUGGUACUGCAUUGCACCGUUCGGAAUAUUUUUGGAAAUAGGUCUCCGGGAUAUUCUGGCAAAUACGGAGCUCGAUAUGAGACCUUUUCUGCAGGAUGCAACUUUUUCGUUCUUCAAUCUCAAUCAUAUAGAGAACAGUCGACCGGAUAUAAUGGCCUCGAUCAUCGAGGGUGCCUUCGAUUUCCAAAGACGUGGUAUCACUCGACCUAUUACUCCUCUCGUCGUCUAUCCGAUCUCUGAAAUCGAAAGUGCUUUCCGUUUAAUGCAAGCUGGAAAGCAUUUGGGUAAAAUUGCACUUACUUGGUCUGCAGAUGCUGUGGUUUCAUUCACUAAGCGAGGAAAUAACGAAUUGAGUCUGAGUGCCGAAGCUGUAUAUCUGCUGGCUGGCGGGCUUGGUGGGCUUGGUCGAAGCCUCUGCCAGAUGCUCGUAGAUCACGGUGCUCGCAAACUGUGCAUCCUCUCACGGUCAGGUGACUCAUCAGCCCAGGCAAAAGACUUGAUAGCAAACCUUGAGAAACGUGAUGUCCGAAUGGCAGUGUACAAGUGCGACAUCGCCGAAAAGCAGGAGCUUGACCAAGCACUCAGCAAGUGUGUUUACGAGCUUGGUGCAGUGCAUGGCGUUUUUCAGUGUGCAAUGGUCUUGAGAGACACCACCUUCAUGAACAUGAAUCACAAACAAUGGAUAGAAUCCACGAGGCCUAAGGUACAAGGCAGCUGGAACCUUUCUCAAUGUUUGCCGGAUGUUGAUUUCUUCGUUACCCUCUCUUCGUUCGCAGGUAUCUUCGGCAAUCGUGGCCAGGCAAACUAUGCGGCAGCUGGCGCCUACGAAGAUGCUCUUGCAAAAUACCGUCGUGCUCAUGGUCAACACGGUACAACCAUUGAUCUAGGAAUUAUGCGAGAAAUCGGCGUUCUUGCGGAGACGGGUAUCACGGAUUCUCUCGCUGAGUGGGAAGACCCGUACGGCAUUCGUGAGAAGGAUUUCCACGCGCUGAUGAAGCACGCCAUUACUGGUGACAUGACCAAUACUGUCUCUCCACAACUAAUUACAGGGUUGGCCACCGGGGGUAGCGCGAUUGCGGCCGGUAUCACCAUGCCAUUUUAUCUCGAAGAUGCGCGCUUCUCGAUUCUAGAGAAAACUGGAUUCCAGGAACAGAAUCCGAUGACGAUCAAUAGCUCGGCUUCGACACAGACUUUGGUCAGUCAGGCUAAAUCGCUUACGGAAGCAACAGAUAUUGUCCUUGAUGCCCUAGUACAACGUGUUGCAAAAAUACUGCAUACUUCCAUCUCGGAGAUCGACACCAACAGAUUUCUGCAUUCAUAUGGCAUUGAUUCCCUUGUCGCUAUCGAAGUUGUCAACUGGGCCUUGAAAGAGAUCAAAUCGACUAUUACUGUUUUUGAUGUGCUUGCGGCGGUGCCAAUAACAACGACAGCUAGCAAAAUCGCAGCCAAAUCGAGUCUCUUAUCAAAGAAGCUUGCAUAG